AUGGAGACCGCGCCCGGGAGCGCCCCGCCGCUCUCCGCCGCGGCGUUGCGGCUGGCGCUGGCUGCUCCGGGGCUGCCCGACGGCCCCUUCGGUUGCCCCAUCUGCCUGGACGUCCUGAAGGACCCGGUGACGGUGCCGUGCGGGCACAACUUCUGCCAGGGCUGCCUGGGGGCGCUCCGCCAGCGGCCGGGCCCCCCGACGAGCGGCGGAGCGGGCGGGGCUGCCCGCUGCCCGCUCUGCCAGGAGCCCGUCCCCGCAGCCUUGCGGCUCCGCAAGAACCGCGCCCUCUGCGAGGUGCUGCCGCUGCUGGCGGCCGCCGCCGCCGCCGCCGCCGGUUCGUCCCCCCCGUCCCCAGCCGCCGGGUCCCCGAUGGCACCGGGAGCCGAGGAGCAGGAGGAUGCGGCGGGGGAGGAAGGAGCGGCGGUGCUGUGCGACGUGUGCCCGGCGGGGUCGCGGGUGGCGGCGGCGCGAUCGUGCCUGGUCUGCCUGGCCUCCUUCUGCGGAGCUCACCUGGAGCCUCACCGCCGGGCCCCCGCCUUCCGCGCCCACCGCCUGGUAGCCCCGCUGCGGCGGCUGGAGGAGGGUCUCUGCCCCCGCCACCUCCAGCCCCUCGACGGCUUCUGCCGCGCCGAGCAAACCUGCGUCUGCGCCCGCUGCCGCGCCCACGAGCAUCGCGCCCACGACGUGGUGCCCCUCGAGCGGGAGCGCGAGCACAAGGAGGCCCAACAAGCCAAAUUCCUCAGCGAUGUGGAGAAUGAGCUGGAGGAGCUGGCAGUCACCAUAGCGCAGGGCAAGAAGAUGGUGGAGCUCAUUAAGGGCGCCGCCACGAAGGAGAGGGAAAGAGUCGAGAAGCUCUUUGCAGAAGCCUCUGAGGUCCUGGCGACCUUCCAGAAGGAGGUGACCGGUUUCAUCGAGGACGGGGAGCGCUCCAUGCUGGGGGAGGCCGAGGCCGAUCUCCGCUGGAAGGAGGAGAGGCGAGCCAAGCUGGCCCAGUGCAAGCAAAACCUGGAGAACGUCCCCAGCACUGACACCAUCUACUUCCUCCAGGAAUUUCAGGCCUUAAAAGUAGCCAUGGAAGAAAACCUCUCCCCGGCUCUGAGCUUCCAGAACGAGCUGAACUUCACCAAAUGCACCCAAGCCGUGGGCGCCAUGAAGGAUGUGCUGUCCGCUGCCUGCAAAAACCAGUGGGACCGCUUGCAGGGGAAAGGAAUUGAUGGGCUGAGUUUCCAGGAGAUGGAAGAAGCGUUGGCCGAGUCCCGAUUUCCAGACAAGUCGAACAAUCCCGCCUGCUUGGAGAGCCGUGAUUACUUCCUGAAAUUUGCCUUCAUCAUUGACCUGGACAGUGACACGGCUGACAAGUUCAUCCAGUUGUUUGGCACCAAAGGGGCCAAGCGGGUGCUGUGUCCCAUCCCCUACCCGGAGAGCCCGACCCGGUUUAUCAACUGCGAGCAGGUGCUGGGUGUGAACCUCAUGAACCGGGGCAACUACUACUGGGAGGUGGAGCUCAUCGACGGCUGGGUCAGCAUCGGCGUCAUCGCUGAGGACUUCGACCCCCGGGAGUCCUACAACCGCGGACGCCUGGGUCGGAACGAGAAGUCCUGCUGCCUGCAGUGGAAUGGACAGAACUACGUGGCCUGGUUUGGUGGCUUUGAGUCCGUCAUCCAGCAGCCAUUUUUCCACACAAUCGGGGUCUUCCUGGAGUAUUCGGAGAAGACCCUGACCUUCUACGGAGUCAAGGACUCCAAGAUGACCUGCCUGCAGCAGCUCAAAGUCUCCCAUUUUGCCAAGGGUCAGUUUGACCCAUUCCAGAACAAGAUCAACCACCAAUUCGCCUCUCUUUUCUUGUGCAAGCUGAAACCAGCCUUCUUCCUGGAGAGUGUCGAUGCCCACCUGCAGAUCGGGCCACUGAAGAAAGAUUGCGUUUCAGUGCUAAAGCGUAGGUAACUGCCCGGAGAGCGGGAGCACGGGAAGACCCAGAAAAGUCUCUCCUGCAGUGUAUUGCUGCCGUCACGGCUUCUCUUUGGUAGCGUUGUAUUUCUCUGUGGCAGCCCUCCCUCCUCGCUCUGUGCUGUUUGUCACCCAGGGGUGGAUGAAGCCGUCCGGCGGGCAGAGCCGCG